AUGUUGAGCGACGUCAGGAUAGGCGUUGACGAUACCCCUUCUGUCGUCGACCUGUGCUUGCUCGUGGCCGAGCUCACAACGCGGUACACCGUCGAGAACUUGCCCCUGCCGAGAACGCCUUCUGGUGCCUUGAGCAAGGGUAACGUGCACGGUGGUGGUAGUCACAGCGUCAGAAACGCUGUCCCAGUCAUCUUCGACGAGGUCCUCGAACCCCAUCUCCACUCACCGCAGGGUAGAGAGGAGAGUGUAUGCGCCCGAGGUGGUCAACGUGUGAGCUCGCUCGUGCUGGUCCGACGUGUUAAGUUGAGCGGCAAGCUCCGAGUGGUCGGAAGAUAA